UGCGCAUCGAGCCGCGUGUUUGAACUGCGUCGUUUAAUACGUGGCUUCUCGCGUCCAUUCAUCCUCAUGUGGUCAGUGUCAGUGUGUGUUUCUCCGUGGCAGUGGGGGUUUUCCUCACGGCCCUCAGUAAACAUGAUGCUGGCACGCACUGGCGGAGGAUUUACGCCACAUACUGUUCCCACAGCUAAUGAUCGUUCCCUGAAUAGUCCUAGGAGAGACAAUUCAAUCCGGUGCAGUGAUCGAUAGGAGGCUCGUCGGUGGAAUUCAGACCUCAUCAGCAACUAAAGCUGGUGACUCUAUGUGAUCAUGAUCUGCAGCAACCUCCUGUGUUAUAUGGAUUCCUAGGCCCGACUGACACUCACAGGAAGCUGCCUUCAGAAGUUGACAUGUAAAUGUGAGUUAGGGGACCACUCAGCCCAACUCCUGGAAGAACAAACUCAACUUGGAGACGAUAAUCCUGCAUCACAUGAGGGCACGGGGUCCCACAGCUGUGUGCUGUGCUAGAAGUCCAGGCGUGAAGUGACGGAGCGCUGCGGGAGAGCGAUGGGCUGCGGGGGCAGCAGGACGGACGCUCUGGAGCCUCGCUACCUGGAGAGCUGGACCAAAGAGACGGAGUCCACGUGGCUGACCAGCACCGACACCGACAUCCCCCUGUCGUCCAUCCAGAGCAUCCCCUCCGAGAACUCCGAGGCCGGCUUUGCUUCUGAGAAAACAAUCAGCCCGGUUCCAGAUUUAUUUGACGACGGCCUCCCUCCUCCUGCUCAGGCGUACCUGAAGGUCUGCUCCGCCGAGUCGGAGGUCAGUCUGAACGAUGUGAAACCCAGCAGCCCUCCUGCCAUCCUGCCAUCGCUGCCCAAAGAGGAGGUGCUGCCUUCGUCUGGCACCACGGUGCAGCGGCGGAGCGUUCUGCACACUGAGGAAAUUACCAAAUGGCAGGACAACCGGAUGUCCACAAAGCAGGUGACCAUCACGGUGACGCAGAGCAUCCAUCAGGUGGACAAGAACGGGAAGGUGAAGAAGUCGCUCACCACUUACGAGGUGAUGAAACCUGUGGAGAGCCUGAAACAGGUGGCCACACAAAACACUUGAGAGGAUGAAGCCAAAGACAAAGUGACGACUGUGAAAUGAACAAACUGAAAGAGUGUGAUGGCUGAUGAAGCACAAGAGGGCCGUGUGAGACUCGGGAUAACGGAAUAUUUUUCUCAUUUUCUUAAAUAGCUUGGGCCCUUUUUGUAGAUAAUAUCAUGAAAUGUAUUUCUAUGGAGCCUGUUGCCAAAAUGUUUCGCUGUAUUUUGACACUUUGAACACAUGUGAAACAUACAAAUCUGUAGUUUGUUAUAAGAAAAUGAAAAGUUUGCAGGACAUGUGACAUCAGACCAAAAGUAAAUGAAGAACUCACAUUAUAUCACAGCAGAAGACCCGUUUUGAAAAUCAUUUGGAAAAUUCAAAUUUCACAAGCCACCUAGAAUUUUAAAAUUUAAGAUGCUUUUAAGAAUAGAUACAUGUGUAAAUAUAUCCUUGCAGUGUUAUUUUAAGUAACUGAAUCUCCACAUGGCAUAAAUACUUUAUAGUUUCCGUUACUUGACACUGAAAUGUAGCUGCUGUGCUACAGUCUGUGCGGCUCAGGUAACGGAACUUUUGACGACUGCAAUGUUUACAGUGAAGCUUGAACAGGAGGUUGUGACUAUGAUGAUGUAAAAAGUGACUCACUACAUUGUGUUGACUUGUACAAUAGAGUCGAUUGUGUUUUCUAAUGACAAUCAGUCUAAUAAAACAUUGACAGACUUUAUUUUAAAUUA